UUCUACCCCCUCUGCCCUCCAAGUCAAAGGCCACACCUUGUAAUUCCCCCACAAUACCAAUCCCAAUUAAUCACACUCCAACUCCAAGCCCUUAUAAUCCCCUCCUCUCUCUCUCUCUCUCUCUCUCUCUCUCUCCCCCCAGACACCCUCUUCCAUUCCCCUCUCCCUCUGUUUGCUUGGAGCUGAGGUAAAGAGAGAGAUACCAGUAGAAAAUAAAAAGACCUUUUUUUCCCCUUCUUCUAAGAGAGAGAGAGAGGGAAGGAGAGGAAUUAAAGCAAACACUUCAUCUGCAUUCCUCGCCACGACCACUCCAUGGCGAGACGAGCGGAACUUCCUUUUCUUCUUCUCUCCCUCCUCCUCCUCCUUCUCGCCACCGGCGCUUCCCACUCCGGCGGCGGAGUAGGGGAAGGCGCGGCGCCCUUGAGCUGGAUCCCGGGGCUGUCGACGUGCCAGGGGACCAUAGCGGAGUGCCUCGCCGGGGAGGAGUUCGAUCUGAGCUCCGACGUGGCCCGCCGCAUGCUGGCCACCUCCAACUACAUCUCCUACAACGCCCUCAAGCGCAACAACGUCCCCUGCUCCCGCCGCGGCGCCUCCUACUACAACUGCCGCCCCGGCGCCCAGGCCAACCCCUACAACCGCGGCUGCUCUGCCAUAACCCGCUGCCGGCGCUAACUCUCUCUCUCCCCCUGUUCUCCGUUCUUCGCUAAAAAAAAAAACUUGAGAGAGAGAUUAAUUUGGUAUGUGAUGUUGUUGUUGUUCUCCUCUUCAAAACUAUAUAAAUAAUUGAUACUGCUUGCUAUUGUUGCUGCUGUUGUUGUAUUGUAUUUGUAACCAUGCUUUAUAUGCCAUCAAUGUAAAAAAAAAAAAAAUUGUGAGUGCUAAUCUU